CCCUAGAUCGCUCCCGUGGUGAAAAAAUCCCCUCAGCUGCGCCCAUCGUUCCCCUUAUUUGCCCGUGUCGGCGGCGGCGAUAACGUGCGGGAGGAGGAGGGAGGCGGACCUGCGUCGGCCCGGUCCUUCGCGAGUGGAUGGAGCCGGACGGGGACAGCCGCGCUGACGGGCCGAAGGAGGCGUUGCAGGAGCGCGCACGGAGGACGGCGGCGGCGCGUGGUGAGUGGCUUGAGAUGGUCGUCCACAACUGGCUUGAGCUCGAGAUCUCCUUCUUCAGCGUGACGGCUGGACGCGGGGGCCGGCGACAGCGUCGUCUGGAUGCGGCGGCGGCUGGGCGUCUCUCCCUGGCUCCCCAAUCCCAUCUCUCCUCCUCCGGCCUGGGAGUGCCCUCUCCAGCCUCACAUGGGGCUGGGGCGAGGACGUGCGGCGCUGGCCGGACACGGCGAUAGCUGGACGCGGCGGCUGCAGGGAGAAGGGAAGAGGCGCCGUCCGUCGCUCCGCUGCGCUGGCGUGCGACGAGAUCAAGGAGGGCAGAUGGCGGCGGCGACCGGAGGCGCCGGGCGCGGCCAGGGACGGGCCGACGCGGGGCGGAUCCGCGACGACCGGAGGCCGGCGGUGGCGACUGGAAGCGCCGGGCACGGCCGAAGACGGGCUGCGCGAUGGCUGUACCGGGUCUGGGAAGAAGAGAAGAAGGAAGUAUCAAGAAGACCCAAGGUUAUUCUUCUCUCUUGUGAACACAUCAUAAGUUAUAAUAGUGCUGCAUAUUUGGGACAUAAGAGAAUAAAAUCUGCAUGCUCUGGUCCAUAG